AUGAGUGGAAGAUUUUCCCGCCUCCCGUCCAACGAUGCCGAAGGACGAUACUACCAGAACCGAGAGUCUUUAGAUCUCACCGAACCAGUCUCAUAUGAUGACUUCCGGCGGCAGUCCGAUUCAGAUUCUGUCAAAUCGCUGAUACAACGCGACGAUGCCGCCUAUGAUGUACACCUCGAGAAGGAAAAAGAAAACAACUCGGCUCCUCUUCGCGAUUCCCUCAAACAGUACUCAACGCUAGUAUGGUGGAUGCUUGCCAUGUCCACGGCCAUUCUGUAUGGUGGCUACGAUUCCGCCGUGCUCGGAACGCUCACCUCCGUACCUGCUUAUCAACGCGACUUCGGCGAGUGGACACAUACUCCGUUGAAGGAUGACCCCAAUCAUUGGGAAGACGUGAUCCCGGUGUUUUGGGUGUCGAUCUGGGACGGUAUAGGACCUUUGGGUGGAAUCGCUGGUUCCGCGCUUGGAGGCUGGUUCCUAGACCGAUGGGGCAGACGCUUCUGCCUGAUGAUGGGGAGCAUCAUUGGUAUCGGCGCCAUCUUGAUCCUCACGCUUUCGAAUAAACCUGAGAACAAAGACGGAAAGCGUGUCAUGAUACUUGUGGGCAAAGUUAUGCAGGGAUUCGGAUUGGGCAUCAUCAAGAUCGAAACCUUCACGUACAUGUCUGAAGUCGUCCCGGUCAGUCUCAAAGGGGCAGUGAUGUCGCUGGUGCCCAUCAUGACACUUCUCGGGCAGUUGAUAGGAGCCGUCAUCAUUCUCGUCUGCUCCAUUUCCGACAAGUCGUCGGCAGUCAUGAUGGCCCUGGCCUCACAAUGGGCUGUCGCUAUUCCGCCGCUCAUCCUCGCCUACUUCCUACCCGAGUCUCCUGCCUUCCUUCUCAGGGAGAAAAAAGAUCCCCAGGGCGCUUUGAAAUCACUCGGACGACUCUUAGGUCCUAAGAACAACGCCAAGGAAGCACUGAAGAAAUUGCAAGAGACGCUCGACGAGGAGGCUAAGAACUCCGUCCGGAUGAGCUACCUAGAUUGCUUCAACGCCGCUAAUCGCCGCCGAACCUUUAUCGUCAUGUUCGCCGGUAGCAUCGAGUUCUUCUUCGGUCUCUCGCUGUUAUCUGGCGUUAGCUACUUCCUCCAACAACUCGGCAUGGAUUCCAACAAGUCCAUCCUCUUCCUCGUCGCAGGUAUCAUCGUCGGGCUGAUCGCCAAUACGGGGUCGACGUGGACAGUCACACAUUUCGGCCGCCGCAGGCUGACCGUUACAACUCUGCUCAUUACCGCAGGGCUCUGGUCGGUCAUGGGUUUUGCUGGCAUCAAGCAGUACGACUUUACGCCAUUUCUGGCGGGAGGCCUCUGCACCGCUGUCAUUGUCGUCUGCGGUCUCGGUUGCUGGCCCGCCUCGUACGCCAUCAUGGGCGAAACGUCGUCGAUCCGUUUGCGCUCGCGAUCUCAGGCUCUCGGUAGCUUGUCGGGCAGUCUCACCAACAUUCUGGCGAACACUGUUCUGCCAUACUUCUACAACCCUGACGCGCUGAAUCUGGGCGCGAAGACGGGAUUCUUGAUGGCGGCACUGGCCGGCAUUGGUGCGCUGCUGACGUAUUUCUUUGUGCCCGAGUUGAAGGGGAGAAGUGCGUUGGAGAUCGAUCACCUGUUUGCAAAGAAGGUUAGAAGUAUUGGGUCGACUAACUGGCGGGAUGCGGAGAUGGAAGACAUUCCGCUAAAGGCUGCCCAGGUUUGA